GUCGUAUUUCCGGUAAAAGCGGAAGUGAAAAAAUAUUGUUAAGAUUUGCAAAAUGUAUCGAAUGUUCGUAUUUUAUAUGCUUUUGAUGGUAUUGCAAGGUGGUAUACAUGUACUUGGGAGUGUUGAGGAUGAAUUUCCAAUCGAAGAAAAUCAAUUCAAUGAGCAGGCAAACAUUGAACCAGUUACAAAAGCAGAAUCAAAUGAAGAAGUACCUAUAAGUGAAGAAGCACACAAUUCUAAUGAAAAGACAUCUCUUGAUAUAAAUGUUGCUAGUUCUAGUAUUGGUGAAAAUAAUAAGGACUCUGAUGUGAAAGAGGCAGAAGACAAUGGAGACAAAGAUACUGUCGAAGAAGAUGGCCAUACUGAAGAAUCUAAGGAGUUUUACCCAGAAACAUCUUUAUUUAACAUUGGUGAUAUGAUCACAAAUGUAAUUGGAGAAAUAGAAGAUGUGAAAGAAAGCCAAGAACAACUCAAGGAAAAUAUGAGAAUAUUGACCGGACAGGGGAUAAAUAAUGUCACAAUGAAUGAUACAAUUGUAAAUGCUACAACUGUGGACAAAAGAAAGUAUGUCUGUACCCCUAAGAACCUAACUAAAAAUGAUACUGAGUUAGAAACUACACCCAUAGUGAAGAUUGUGAAUAGUACAGAACUUUUGGAGAUAUUAACUGAGCGAAAUGGAAGUGCUGGAAAUUGUGCCGUUGUUUUGUUCUUUGCUCCGUGGUGUCCAUUUUGUGCAAAAGCAGCUCCAGAAUUUAAUGCAGUUGCCAGAGCUUUUCCACAGUUGGAUGUCCUUGCCAUAGAUUCAAUGCACUUUAGCAGUCUCAAUGCAAGGUUUGGUACAAUAGCUGUUCCAAAUAUUUUGCUGUUUCACAACACAAAAGCAGUAGCCAAAUUCAAUCAUACCAGUCGUACAUUGGACAAGUUUGUAAACUUUCUAGUGAAUUCCACAGGUUUUGAGCCUGAUAAAUCCGUGAAUGUAACCGCAGAAGAUUACAUUGGUCCUCUAUUGAGCAUACCAACUGAAGAAAAGGACUAUUUACUUUGGGUGGCCUGGCUGUUUCUUAUAGCAUUCACUUCAUGGGUAACUGUCAGAUCACAUAUCGGGCAGAGGUUACGACAAAAUGUUAUGUUAGCGUGGGCCGAACAUCAACACAUGGACUAGUAGAGGCUAGAUUUCUCUCAGUUGAUUUAAGAGAAUAGUGAAAUAAUGGCUGUGAUAUCAAUCACUAAAUGAUGUGUUUACCACACGAGAUCAAGCACAUGCUGAGGAGAGACUUUGUCAUACCAGCAUGAGGCGAGCAUCCAUAAUCGGAGAGACAAGAAUUGCUCGUCUCUGGUAUGACUGAAAAAAAUUAAGAUUGUGAUUGAAAGGAUGAAAGCAUGUAUCAAUUGUCAAGGAGAUUCAUGUUUGAGCAAAACAUCAGAAUAUGGAGAGACAACUUCCAUUGGCAGUGAUAAUGAAGAAAUUCAGAUUGUGACCAAUAUAAACUAUGCAUGAAGAAUGUGAUUGCCAUGGAGACACUGAUUGCCAUGGAGACACUUGUCUGAGUAAAACAUGAGUCUAUGAAAAUAUAUCUGCCUUUUACAGUAGCCUGCCUGUCUGUGUUAAUAAAAUUAAGGUUGUGAUGUAGAAUUGAGAAAAUUAAGUCUGUGAGCUUGUAAUGGAAUCAACAAAUCAGGCGUACAUAACAUAACGUAACAUAAGAUCACCAUAAUACAUCCAAUGAAAGCUCUUGGGUUAAUAUUAGGUAGUCAAGAUAACCUUGUAGAGAAUAACACUUUAUAAGGAAGAGAAUCAAAUUAACCCCAUAUUUGGAUGAAUUAGAUGUGUAAGUAAAACAAUGGAAGUAAAUUAUUCUAUUUUCAAUAGCUGGGAGAUAUGGCUUAUGUCCCUGUAGAACUUAUCUGCCAACAAUGGGGAAUUUUUUUUUUUUUGGUGAAAUAAAAUCUACAUCUUUUUUGAAUAAAUUUACUGAUUGUCAGAAAAUGGACCACUCAUAGAAAUUAUUGUAAAAAUAAGAGAUGGAAGUAAAGGAUAAACAGAUUAUCCUAUGGCGGGUUCCUGAUAUUGGUAUUAUCCCAUGGCCAAUGUAUCUGCCCUCAUGAAAAACCUGGAAAUAAUCUCUGUAUCCUGCAUGAGGUUAUCUCUGAAUAGACUUCAUGUAGUUUCCUCUUCCCUAAGACCCUCCGUAUGUAUGACCUCAUAUUAAUCACACAUUUUGGAAUUCCGUUCCGGAGAAGAAUAGCCCCAGAGUGACCAGUUUUUUUGAAAAAUGUGCAGAAUUUGAAUGAAAUUUUACAUAAUUUCUUUGGAGUUGAAAUAUUGAAACAUACUUGGACAAACCUGAGCAUUUGUUCAAAAUACAAGCUACUGAACAGUAC